AUGCCUCCUCCCAUCAAAUGUUGCUUGGUGCACUUCUCAUGCAUGUUUUUUCCCCACUUCAUCCCUCUCACACAGUACCUGCUCUUGCACCCUCUCUUCCCUCCCCUCCCCCACAGACCCUGGAGUGACGAUCGGGAUUUUGCAAAGCAACCCACCCCUGCCAGCGGUGAUCGGGUUCCUGCAGGGAAUCACAGUGAGCCACUGGAGCUGGAGAGGAACCCCCUCAUUUCCUCAACUGCCCUUGCUCCUUUCCCCCACAGCCGCUGCCUGCCAGUGAUGGUUGGGUUCCUGCAGGGCAGCCCGGUGAGCCACUGGGAGUGGGGGAGUCAACCUGUGACAUACGCCCUCAUUGCUUUACACACCUUCUCCCCAUUCUUCCCCCUCCCCCACAGCCGCUGUUUUGAGACGCUCCUUCAAAAUCGUCUCCCUGGGGAGUGGAAGCCCGCUGCUGUCAAGCCAGGGAACAUUCUAGACUAUACUUCCCCUCCCCCAGACUAUACUUCCCCUCCCCCAGACUAUUCUUCCCCUUCCCCAGACUAUACUUCCCCUCCCCCAGACUAUACUUCCCCUCCCCCAGACUAUACUUCCCCUCCCCCAGACUAUACUUCCCCUCCCCCAGACUAUACUUCCCCUCCCCCAGACUAUACUUCCCCUCCCCCAGACUAUACUUCCCCUGCCCCAGACUAUACUUCCCCUCCCCCAGAGACGCACGACGUGCAGCGCUUCAAGAAUACAUUUGCCUUCAAGGCCUGCGCCUUCUUCAACGCCGUGCCGCUCACCUCCACCUCGCAGUUCGGCAUGCGUCUCUUCCAAGUCAAGCCCGCCCAUGCCGGCAAGAUGCUCUUCUUUGGGAGCAGUGUGGGCAAGGACUGA